CUCACUUCCAGCAUCAUUCAGUUAAUUGAUUUUUAAAGUCAACUUAGAGUCAUGGCCUUCAAGUACGUCCUCUUGUCCUUCUGCGCUCUGGUGGGUGUGGCCAGCGCUGGCCUCCUGGCUCCGGCCACCACCUACGCUGCCUCCUACCCGGUGGUCGCCAAAGUGGCCCAGCCGCACUACGAUGCCGUCGGUACCACCCAGCAGAACGUGGUUCGCUCCUUCGGCGGUACUGUCUCCACCUACUCCAAGAACGUGGUCACCCCCUACUCGAGCGUCAGCAAGGUGGACUCCCGCAUCACCAACAACGUCUACACCCCGAAGACCCUCUACUCUGCUCCUGCUCCAGUGAUCACCAAGUCCAUCUAUGCUGCUGCCCCGGCUCCUGUUGUGGCUAAGACUGUGUACGCCGCUCCUGCUCCAGUUCUGGCCAAUACUGUGUACGCCGCUCCCGCUCCAGUUCUGGCCAAGAGUGUGUACUCCGCCCCAGCUCCAGUCUAUGCUGCUCCUGCUCCCGUGAUCGCCAAGACCUACGCCGCCCCAGCUCCAGUCUAUGCCGCUCCGGCUCCAGUUCUGGCCAAGACCGUGUACUCCGCCCCGGCUCCAGUUUACGCUGCUCCCGCUCCCGUGGUGGCCGCCGCCCCCGCCGCCUUCGUGAAGUACUCCCCCGCUGCCGUGGUUGCCCAUGCCAGCUUUGAUGGAUUCGGUUCCCACUGGGGAUACUAAACAGUCCCAUCGCA